CACGCUUCUAUCAAAUAUCACUGCGUCAUCUCAAAAAGAGCAAUUUUCAAAAGACAAUGGCAAUUGUUUAUUUCAAAUCCAGGCACGCCGGAAGACCCAGUCACGUGACCACCAUUCCCUGAACUUCCCGAGCCUCCAAAUCCGCAGAUUCUGGUCCUGUCGUUGCGCAAGACGAAAUCCGCCAUUGGACUUAUACCACCCCCCGUCCCUUCCCACCAGCGAUCGUUCCGGGUCAUCUGUGCUUGGUCUCUCUUCAUAUCCACUCUGUCCUCCUUCUUCCUCGCACUCGUCCAAGAUGCCCGCUGCCACCCGUGCCGUCCUGCGGCAAUCGCAGUUCCUGGCCCGUCGAACCGUUGUCCGACACGCCUCUUCCACCUCCGAGGCUGCCUCCAAGGCCGGUCAGACUGCCUCUAACGCUGCUUCCAAGGCCCAGGAGGGUCUGUCCAAGGCCACUGCUGCCGCUGGCCCGGCUCUCUCUAAUGCCGCCUCGGCCCUGCGGAAGGUCGGCGGUCCCGUCGGCAAGGUCGUUUCGUUCGUCGACUCCAUGAUCCCCCCUACCAUCUACUACUCCCGUGUCGGUCUCGAGCUCGGCAAGCUGGUGUUCCGUGGCCAGAACAUGUCUCCUCCCACCCUGGCCACCUUCCAGUCCUACUUCCAGCCCCUGAUUAACGUCGUCCGCAACCCUGCCGCCAUCAAGAACCUCAGCGUGCCCUCUCCCCAGGGUUUCCUGGCCCGCGUUCGCAACGCCAACGCCAAGGAGAUUGCUCUCGUCGGUGUCACCGCCGCCGAGGUCAUCGGCUUCUUCACCGUCGGCGAGAUGAUCGGCCGCAUGAACAUUGUCGGAUACCGGGGCGAGGCUGCUCACCACUAAAUUUGGAAAAUGCUCGCCCUUUCUUUUUCUUUAAACACCACC